AAGGGACAUCGAGCAUCCCACUGUAAUCAUGUCGAUCGUCCUCUUAUUGAAAUCAAGAAGAAAGGAAGACCAAUGACUCAAUGUCAAAAAUGUCGAGAAUUACGAGUGGUCAGGCAGUUACAUGUCAAGUGUAAUUGUGCUGAUACUACAGGUAAAAAAAAAGAAUGA